AGUUAUUGGACCCCUCCCAACCAGUUACCUACCAGUAAGAUAAAAUAAGGAAUAGAGAGUCCUCCAUGGUACAGUAAACUAGAUCUGUAGUCAGAAAAUGUAGGCCAGUGCUGCACGAAACCCCCACUGAAAACAUCUGCGCCCUUGACUGUCAAAUUGACCCUGGGCAGGCCAAGGAGCAAAUAGCCAUCGGAUGAGUUGUUUUGAAGCGUAAAAGUACGCUGACUUGUUUCUGACAGAGGUUGAUUAUAAUUAACAAGUCAAAUGGAGCAGAGCCGUGACAGAUGUGCCAUAAAGUGCUCAGCUUUAGUGUGUUUGCAUGUGUGUGCGUGGGAGCUAACAGGGCAUUGCUGCUGGAGCCGGUAUCCUUCACUUAACCUCGCCGGUGCACUGCAGGGCUUCAACACUGUUGUUGAGCAUGAGGUUAUAUUGAAAUUCAAUAGAACCUAAAUGAGCAGCAGGAUUGCUUCAGCAGAUAUCACACUAUACACUCUGAGGCAGUUUCCUUAAGCAGCACUUCCUUAAGACAUGAAUGAAAGAAUUAAAUUGCAGCAUUGUUGUUUGGCAGAGGCCACUUUGUGUUGCUGUGAGAUUGUCUGUUCUGCUUUGUGUACAGUACUGACGGGAAUGUACAAGUUCGCUGGGUGUCCGCCUUUUUACAGAAAGUAACUUUCCUGAACAGCCUUUUAUCAAUUGUGUGAAAGUGUCUGUUUUCUGUUAGCUCCUUUCAUGUCAGUCCUCUGACACCAGACAAAUUAGAAAGUCUAGUCAUGGUCUGUAGUCUGUCACUGUGUUUUUAAAAGUGCAGACGAGUCUCGUCAGGAUGUUAUUCUUGUUUGUGUUUCCAUUCGUCCAUUAAUCAGAUGAUAAUGGGUUUAGUUUACUGAAUAUAUGCGCCUUAUACUGGGAAACUCAGAACUACAAAAUAUUGUGUGUAUUCCAAAGUGGUGCAAUUCAAUGUAUCAAUCUGACUGUGUUAAAGUUUCAUCUGACAAGCUGUCAAAAUCUUUCAAGUGUUGGCUGGAAGAAAUCACAGAUAUUCUUCUUCCAAGAAGCUUUUUUUCACUUUCUAGAGCUUCAUUUGGUUAAAAUAAACAUUAUACUUCCUUUCAGUACCCUUGAAAUAUAAAUAUUUUGUCUAUUGUAGUUCAAUUCAGAUUGUACUUUUGAAUUAUGCAGGCCAUUAAACCAGUACAUUACUGUGUAGUCUGUGUAUUCACUUACUGAAGCACAAAAACGCCUGUACAUGAUGUUGCCUUUGGCCUAUUCUUGUAACUUGUUGUUAGAAAAGACAUACAAGGUUUUUACUAUUUUAGACAAGCCUGAGAUACUGGAGUUACUGGUGUGUGUGAGAAACCCUUUCAUACAAAGUGGAGUGGAAGGCUAAAGCCGAGAGGAGCUGAACUGGCUGGCAGUAGUCGUGGCCUUUCCUUGUAUUUGGGGCUGCAGCAGCAGCAGCAGUAUGAUGAUGUGUUUAAGGAGCACCAGCCCAGCCAAGCAGAGCUAAUUCAAAGCUCGAGUAGUAUAUUCUGUCUUGCCUUUUUUUGUCCCUCCUUCUUUGCAACAUCAUUUUGUCUAGCCUUCCUUUUAUGCCAUUUGUUAAGGCUGUUGACGGAAGAUAAUGAUCUGGAGUGACAGCGGCCUGAUUUUUUUUUUUCUUUUCCCGUGCUUCUGUAAUCGCACUGUCUGUCAGUGUGGAGGAGAUCAACUGUUCCCCUCCUCCUCUCUGCUGAAGUGUAUUGAAAGCUUCUGUGGACAUUUGGAGGUUAGCCACAGGGGGUGGGCCACUGUGGGCUCCACAGCUAGACAGGCAGCACAUAUGACACUGAAUGCUAGCCUUUAUAUGGGUUUACUGCCUUAAAAGUAGAAAAUUGCAUAACAGUGUCCCAGACACUAUGUUAGGAUCCUUACAUAGUGUCCCAGAUGCUGUAUUAAGACCCCAAGUAAUUCAGACAAUGCUUUACAGCUUUUCUGUGUGUCCAUUCAGUGCUUACCUUCCCCAUGCUCUGUUUACUGGAAACCAAUGGAACCUCUCUGAAAUGUAAACAGGACUGUAGGGCCACAUACAGUUCAGCACUGGGCUGUGUGGGCUCGAGCCAAAACAAAAUGAACACACAACUGCUGGAUACACAGCCAGGUGCUGUAUAUCUAACUGCAGGAGCAGCUGUAUAAUUACACUGUUCUCAUCUAUCUCAAGAUAAUCAGUUUAGGUGGAGCACACAAACACCAACGGUCAGAGGUCAAAGUAGGCUUCCAACUUGUCGAUGGAUUCAUGUUUAGUUAGUUUUAGUUACUGUUAGUUAUUUUCUUUUUCAUUUCUCCUGCUGAGCUGACCAGACUUUUCCCAAGUAACCUCUUAUGCUGAUUAAGGAAAUUGUUUCUUAUUUACACGACUCUAAAUAAAUUGGGUUAAAGCAGCCUUAAUCAGGUUAGUUAAGUGCCUGUAAACACACAAGUUCUCAACAGAUCACACAUGAAGAUCUGUUCUCUUGGGUGGUGACAUUUGACUUUUUAUGGGGGGGUGCAGAGAGAGAAAUCAGUACAGGUUAAUUGUUUCCUGUCAUUUUGUUUCAUUAUCACUAAAAGGCAGCCUGAGUCUGGAGUCUCUAAGGAGACCUCUUCCAUUUCCCUCUGCUCCAGCAGAGCCAGUUCCCUCGUUCGCCCAGGCUGCUCUGUUUGCUGACUUGGAUUGUUGCUGCACCAUUCAUUGCUUUGUCACCUCAGUGUUUCAGCACUGCAGAAACAACAACACGGCCAUUUCUAGGUUUACAGUAUAGUACAUGAUGGGUUUACAAACAUUUUCUCAUCAUAGAUGCUGAAAACGACACACACUGAGGUCUGAGCCUAUGUCUGAUAGUGGAACCCCAGGGAGUCCCAUACUGGAAGAAUGUGGCUGUUGUUGAUUCGGUAUUGAAUAGCAUUACUAUCUGUGUUUUAGUCAGGGAUGACGGUAACGUGAGGGUUCAAAUAUUUCAUCCUUCUAAAGUGGAAUUUUAAGGUCAGAUGCACACAUCUUCUGACAGACUCCAACAAACUGCUAAAGGGCUCUUUGUCUCUUUCAUUAACCAGACGGGUUGACUAAGAUCUUAUUUAUAGCGACAGCCUGUGGGAGUCAUCCACCUUACCAAGCCCUGCUCAAUAUAACACUGACUGCGUUUGCAAAAAAUCGAAAUUAACGCAAGACUUUUCUCUUGAUUCCGCAGGGUUGGUGACCCUGAGUGCAUGUUGUACAGCUGCCAGUGCCUGAUGCUUUCUCUAAAUGCUGCCAUCUUGGUGACAUUCUUCAGAGCCAGCUGCAUUUUAGAGAUAAGGAAAUCCAACCCUUCCAGCUGUCGUUCUGCAUUGACGGCACGCUGUGAGAAAAGACUUCGUUCGCUGUGCCUCAGCGCCCCUCAGACACUUGUCCUUGACAUCUAAAUGCUGUGUGUCGAUUGUCGUGCCAGCCGCCUUCUGUGAGUUAUGACGACGGCUGCUUCAUUGACUCAGGAAAGAGGCUCCUCCUCCACUCACCACUGAGCAAAUCACACGAUGUAAUGAAGAAGAGUCCUGAAAGUCUGCUCUUCAAGGAGUCUGCCAGCAGGAUAUGAGUAUUUUGAGCCCUGUGACGGAUAACAAAUCAAACCUUGUGGGAAUUGUGGGAGGCCCAGAAGAAUACUCCAUAACCAUGCAGUCAGAGGAGUUAUUUGGCAGAAAACUCAAAGCCCUGAAUGGUAGCAUGGGACCACCAGCCGCCAACAUGCAGGGGAAACCUGAAGGUGCAGGCAAAACAAAUGGCACUCCAGCGAUGCCUAAAAUGGGUGUGAGGGCCAGAGUGACAGAAUGGCCACCAAGGAAAGAUGGAUGGGAUGGGCGUCCUUCACCAAACUAUCAGAGUGUGAUACCGGUAUUUCAGAACGGCCAGCAGGAACACACUGUGGAAGUACUGGAGCAAGGCGAAGCAGUCUGUCUAGAGGUAGAUUACUCUGACAAAUACACACUGAGUGACCUCCUCAGCCACUCCCCGCUGAAGGGUCUCCAUCCUAUCCGUCAGCGCAGCAACAGCGAUGUCACCAUUAGUGACAUUGACUCUGAGGACAUAAUGGACCAGAACGCUGUCAAUCCAAACACUGGGGCCUCACUGCACCGUGAAUACGGCAGCACAUCCUCCAUUGACCGCCAGGGCCUGAGUGGAGAUGGUUUCUUUACCAUGCUUAGGGGCUAUCGAGUGGACACCCUGGACCACCGUAGCAUACCACCUCUGGGCUUUCCCGAGUUGUUGCGCUGUGAUGCCUCCCUCUCCCCGAGCCUGCAGACAGCAGCCCAGAUUGCCAGGGGUGAGAUAGUCCACAUUCCAGGCUAUGACUACAUAGACAGCUCUGUCCUCUACAGCCGGGAGCGGGAGAAGUCCUUCAUGAGGCGUCUUAAAUCGGAAUCUUCUGAAACGUCUCUGUUCAGGAAACUACGGACCAUAAAGAGUGAGAGUGACGCCUUGCGACUCUCAAUAGAGGAUGACCGGCGGCCACUCAGCUUCCAAAAAUGCUUUGCUCACUAUGAUGUUCAGAGUGUUCUUUUCAACAUCAGUGAGGCGGUGGCAAGCAGAGCUAACCUGAGCCAGAGGAAGAACACCACUACUGGGGCUUCUGCUGCCUCAGCUGGAGUAGGGCCUGGAGCUGGUGGAGCGUCUGGAGGUGGAGCUGGGGCUGGACCCGGAGCAGGGACAGAUGGUGGAGCAGCAGGAUGUAGCAGUGGCAGUGCCCCCUUGUUUGAGUCUCCACUAGGCAGCAGGGAGGACUUAAACCCGAAGGAGAAUCUGGAUGCCGAUGAGGGGGAUGGGAAGAGCAAUAGCUUAGUGCUGAGCUGUCCACAUUUUCGCAAUGAGAUUGGUGGUGAGGGUGAGAGGAGGAUCUCCCUCUCCAGAGCCAACAGUGCCAACUACAGUGGUGUGUCAGAGAGCUGUUCUUUUGAAUCAUCUCUAAGUUCCCACUGCACCAAUGCAGGAGUCUCUGUACUGGAGGUGCCUCGAGAAAACCAGCCUAUCCACAGGGAGAAGGUCAAACGCUACAUCAUUGAACACAUUGACCUUGGAGCAUACUACUACCACAAAUACUUCUAUGGAAGAGAACAUCAGAACUAUUUUGGGGUUGACGACAAUCUCGGACCGGUGGCAGUCAGCAUCCGCAGGGAGAGGCUGGACGAUGGGAAGGAGAAAGAUGGGAUGCAGUUCAACUAUAGAGUCACCUUCAGAACAAGUCAGCUGACUACCCUCCGUGGAGCCAUUUUGGAGGAUGCCAUUCCAUCCACUGCAAGACACGGGACGGCCCGCGGCCUGCCGCUGAAAGAAGUGCUCGAAUAUGUCAUCCCUGAGCUUAAUAUCCAGUGUCUGAGGCUGGCCCUCAACACCCCUAAGGUCCCGGAGCAGCUACUCAAACUGGACGAGCAGGGGCUAAGCUUUCAGCACAAGGUGGGAGUACUCUACUGCAAAGCAGGCCAGAGCACAGAAGAAGAGAUGUAUAACAAUGAGGGCGCUGGACCGGCACUGGAUGAGUUCUUGGAUUUGCUUGGCCAGAGGGUGCGCCUCAAAGGCUUUACCAAGUACAGAGCUCAGCUGGACAACAAGACUGAUUCCACAGGCACACACUCUCUCUAUACCACCUACAAGGACUAUGAGCUGAUGUUUCACGUGUCCACCAUGCUCCCCUACACACCCAACAACAGACAGCAGUUGUUAAGGAAGAGGCACAUUGGCAAUGAUAUUGUCACCAUAGUAUUCCAGGAGCCUGGAGCCCUUCCUUUCACUCCAAAAAACAUCCGGUCCCAUUUCCAACAUGUGUUUGUCAUCGUCAAAGUCCACAACCCCUGCACUGAUAACGUCUGCUACAGCGUGGCCGUGUCCAGAUCUAAAGACGUACCUCCGUUUGGCCCCCCUAUUCCCAAGUCUGUAACUUUCCCAAAGUCAGCAGUUUUCAGGGACUUCCUGCUUGCCAAGGUCAUCAACGGAGAAAAUGCUGCACACAAGUCAGAGAAGUUCCGAGCUAUGGCGACUCGUACGCGGCAGGAAUACCUGAAGGACCUGGCUGAGAACUUUGUCAGCACGGCUACUAUUGACAAUGCUGUCAAAUUCAGCUUCAUCACCCUUGGAGCCAAGAAGAAGGAGAAGGUGAAGCCCAGGAAGGAUGCACAUUUGUUCAGCGUGGGAGCCAUCACCUGGAGUGUCUGUGCCCGGGACUUUGGACAGUCGGUAGACGUGGACUGUUUGCUUGGCAUUUCCAAUGAGUUUAUUGUGCUCAUCGAGGAAGAAUCCAAAAAUGUGGUCUUCAACUGCUCUUGUCGUGACGUUAUUGGAUGGACCUCAGGGAUUAUGAGCAUUAAGAUCUUCUAUGAGCGUGGGGAGUGUAUCAUGCUGUCUGCCCAUGACAACUGUGGAGAAGACAUCAGGGAGAUGGUGCAAAGACUAGAGAUCACCACCAGAGGUUGUGAGACGUCAGAGAUGACUUUGCGUCGGAACAGCCUCGGCCAGCUUGGUUUCCAUGUCAACUUUGAGGGCAUCGUGGCCGACGUGGAGCCCUUUGGUUUUGCGUGGAAGGCAGGGCUGAGGCAGGGAAGCCGACUAGUGGAGAUCUGCAAGGUGGCCGUCGCUACUCUCACCCAUGAACAGAUGAUUGAUCUACUGCGUACAUCCGUCAGUGUCAAAGUUGUUAUAAUCCAGCCUCAUGAAGACGGCACCCCCCGAAGGGGCUGCUCCGAGCUUUACCGCAUACCCAUGGUGGAAUACAAGGUCGACAGCGAGGGCACACCCUGCGAAUACAAGACACCCUUCAGGAGAAACACCACCUGGCAUCGGGUGCCCACAGCUGCUGGACCACCUCUAUCCCGAGGCUCACCGACACAGGGCCCUGACCGCCUCCAGUGCCAGCAGAUCCUCCAGCAGCACCAGGCAGCUAUCCCACGAAGCACUUCCUUUGAUAGGAAGUUGCCGGAUGGGUCCAGGGCAAUGCAGGAUAUGGAGAACCCCCAGGUCACCUCAUGUAACAAGGGAGACCAGCACUAUCGCAGCUCCCCGAGUAACCAGUCCUCCUCCAGCGAUCCAGGACCCUGUGGCAGCGGCACCUGGUCCCAGCAGCCUGGCUAUGAUGGGUGCCCCUCACCUAUACUCCAUGAGCGGGCAGGGGAUGUACAGGGGGGAGAUGGAGAGAUCCACAGGGAGAGGGAACCCACCCUGGAGAGGACAAGGUCUGCAGAAGCCAAAUGGCACAUCCCCUCCACCAAGAUCCUGAACCCUCUGAAGCAAAGAGAAGGAGGCAAAGACUCCCCCAACAAGCUGUCCCGGACGGGCGAUAAAAACUCAAGCCACUCAAGUAGCAACACUCUGUCAAGCAAUGCCUCCAGCAACAGCGACGAUAAGCACUUUGGCUCUGGAGACUUGAUGGAUCCAGAGAUGCUGGGCCUCACUUACAUCAAAGGGGCGUCCACAGACAGCGGCAUCGACACUAAUCCCUGCGUGGCCCCUGGGGCCCGGGUGUUAAUGCAGGGUAGGGUGGGAGAGCAGGGACACCCUUGGGUAUCGGAGCACCAUGAAGACGCAGCAUCAGAGGAGGAUCAUGGGAAACUGUACCUGCCACAGGGCUACGCCUCUGCCGUCAUGUCUGGCCAUGUGACAGAAGGAAGCAUCGGAGACUUGAGCGAGAUCUCAUCCCAUUCAAGUGGCUCACAUCACUCUGGCAGUCCUCUGGCCCGUGGUGCCAGAUGCUGUUUAUCCGCUGACUCCUCCAAGGUGUACACCAUUCCCCAGACCAGCAGCUCAGGGCCAGAGUCCGGGCCAGGGCCCAGCUCAGAGGCAUGUGGGCAGACACAGCCACAGUCCGGAUGCAAACUUCCAAUGAGCAUGAAGACGACCGAUGAUGAUGAUGAUGAUGAUGAUGCCCACAGCACUGAGGGACCUCCCAACAUUUCAGAGUGUGGGCAACUGUAUGCGCAGGAGGCUGCCUGUCGGCUCCAGGCUGCUGAGCGGGAAGGAAAAUCACUGCAGAGACUUUCAAAAGAAGAAUACCUUAAAAUGAUGCUGCCCGACAGCCCUCCAGGAGAGGACAGGACUCGCAAGGUGUCAGCAGUGGGCAGUUUGUCACCGAGACGCUCCCUGUACCGGACACUCUCAGACGAGAGUGUGUGUAGUAACCGUAAGGGUUCAUCAUACGCCAGCUCACACAGCUCCAUGUUGGACCAAGCCAUGCCUAACGACAUCCUAUUCAGCACCACCCCACCUUACCACAGCACACUGCCUCCUCGUAUGAUCCACAACCAGGGGGCAUCUAACCUAAGGAAUGAGAUUUGGUUCUCUGACGGCUCCUUGGCGGACAGGUCCAAGUUCAGCGACCCCGGCCUCAUGCCCUUGCCAGACACUGCCACGGGCCUGGACUGGUCUCACCUGGUUGACGCAGCACGAGCCUUUGAAGACCAGCGCGUGGCGUCUUUCUGCACCAUGACGGACAUGCAGCGGGCAGAGGCUCUGCAGAUCUCAAGAGAGCUGACCAGACGAGUGGUGGAGGCGGAGGGAGUAGCGCUGGAAGCAGACAGUUCCCCCUCUACACUAACUGGCAAAGUCAACCAGUUGGAGCUGAUCCUCAGGCAGCUGCAGAAUGACCUCAGAAAGGAGAAGGAGGAUAAGGCAAUGUUGCAGGAGGAGGUGCAACACCUGAGACAAGACAACAUGCGACUGCAGGAGGAGAGCCAGACUGCCGCGGCUCAGCUCAGGAAGUUCACAGAGUGGUUCUUUCACACCAUUGACAAGAAACCCUAAGAGAGAGAGAGACGGAGAGAAAGAGAAAGAUGGCCUUCACUCCUCCUGGGCACCCACUCAAUUCUUACUUAAGACUCCCAGAUGAUCCACAAGCAAAGAAACUUUCAAACAAACCAUUACCAGCCCCCAGAGUAAUCAAGACUCUUUAAAAAGCCCCUGAUUAGGUAACUGUAGUGCAACCCUGCAUAGAGAGACUUGAAGCCCUGAUGUGGACCUUAGUUUCGAGAUCCUCCCCUGUCUGAAGUGCAGGGCCGUUUCUGAUGUUAACGGUUUCUCCAUCCUAGCAAAACGAGACUCUUGGGAAAUCUCAUCUCCGGCGCUGGAGACGAUUUGAGAAAGGCGAACCCCAGGGGCCCCGCGUGAGUCCCUGGGAUCUUCUUACAGUAGUGGAAUGUAAAGCUCAUUUACUGUAGUCAACAUAUAAUCUACCUACGUACGUCCCGUCAGCCUACUGUACUGUAUACUCAGCUGUACUGUAUCAUACUGCGCACACUGUCACACAGCUGUUUCUGUGCCGGCCUUCAUGGACACUCGAGAGGAGAGGGUGAGGAGGAGGAGGGGAGGAAUGUACUGGACAUAAUGAAGUGGUACUUACUGUCUGCUUGCACCAAGAGGAAUCCACAUGCGGUGGUCUUGAAACAUACAGUCGGGGGGAAUGAAUGUAGCUCAACUGAGACCCUUUUAUUUCUGGAUUUCUGGUUCCCAAAGUCACAAAAGUUUUAAGGUUUGAUGUUCUGGGCCAUUUUUCUUUUUCAAUUAAUUCCACAUUUUCUUUUCCUCAGUGUUGUAACGUAGGGUCACAUGGCAGUAAUUUUGAUGUUUAAAGGUGCUUUCCCUACACACUUGUUUGUCAGUAGUUUCCAUUCACUGUCACAAUGUCCUAGCAAUAACAAAGUGGUAGUUACGAAACUGUGUUUAAAAAAAAAAAGAAAAAAAAAAAACU